CAAGCCUUGCCUCUGCCCCAUAGAGGGUUUGCUCCUACAUCAAGGUCCUUCCGCAGCCCUCACUUUCCUUUUCCCUUGCCGUGCAUUUUCCAGGAUAGCUGUGACUCCAGACCCACAAUGGAUGCUCUACGACUGGCAAAUUCGGCCUUUGCAGUUGACCUGUUCAAACAACUGUGUGAAAAGGAGCCAGCAGACAAUGUCCUCUUCUCUCCAAUCUGUCUCUCCACCUCUCUGUCCCUUGCUCAAGUAGGCGCCAAAGGGGACACAGCAAAUGAAAUUGGACAGGUCCUCCAUUUUGAGAAUAUCAAAGACGUACCCUUUGGAUUUCAAACAGUAACAUCGGAUGUGAACAAACUUAGUUCCUUUUAUUCACUGAAACUAAUCAAACGGCUCUAUGUAGACAAAUCUCUGAAUCCUUCUACAGAGUUCAUCAGCUCUACGAAGAGACCCUACGCAAAGGAAAUGGAAACCGUUGACUUCAAAGAUAAACUGGAAGAAACAAAAGGUCAGAUCAACCAGUCAAUCAAGGAUCUCACGGAUGGCCGCUUUGAGAACAUCUUGGCUGACAACAGUGUCAGUGACCAGACCAAAAUCCUUGUGGUUAAUGCUGCCUACUUCGUUGGGAAGUGGAUGAAGAAAUUUCCUGAAUCUGAGACCAAAGAAUGCCCGUUCAGAAUCAACAAGACGGACACCAAACCAGUGCAGAUGAUGAGUAUGGAGGCCACGUUCUGUAUGGGCAACGUUGAUGGUAUCAAUUGUAAGGUCAUAGAACUUCCCUUUCAAAAUAAGCACCUCAGCAUGCUCAUUCUGCUACCCAGUGAUGUGGAAGAUGAGUCCACGGGCCUGGAGAAGAUUGAACAACAGCUCAACUCAGAGACGCUCUUGCAGUGGACCAAUCCCAGCACCAUGGCCAACGCCAAAGUCAAACUCUCCAUUCCAAAAUUUAAGGUGGAAAAGCUUGUUGAUCCCAAAGCUAGUCUGGAAAACCUAGGGCUGAAAAAUACCUUUAAUGAGAAUACAUCUGAUUUCUCUGGAAUGUCAGAGACCAAGGGAGUGGCCCUCUCCAAUGUUAUUCACAGAGUGUGCUUAGAGAUAACAGAAGAUGGUGGGGAUUCCAUAGAGGUGCCAGGGUCGCGAAUCCUGCAACACAAGGAUGAAUUCAAUGCCGACCACCCGUUUAUUUACGUCAUCAGGCACAACAAAACGCGAAACAUCAUUUUCUUUGGCAAGUUCUGUUCUCCUUAAGCGGCAGAGGCCAGGUGAAGUCCCAGCUGACUCUUCUGUAAAUUCUGCAUCCAAAGAAUCACUUUCUAAAUACAAUAAAUUGUUAAU